AUGGGGGCAGACGGGGCGACGUCGCGCGAGGGCGCCGCUGAGUCACGGCGGCGACGGAUGCGGCGCGGGGCGGGCGGGCGCGGGGGCGGCAAGGAGGGGCACAUAUUGGCCUGCGCCCGAGGGAACAUACAAAGAGUAUACCCCGAACUCGGUGAUGAAUCUAACCCAUUGCCAACUUGGAGAUUAGGGUCUUUACCAAAAAUUAAGCGCAUAUUAGAGGAUGUGUGGUACCCACGAGCAUGGUCGCGAGUGCCGCUGCUUUGCAUAAGUAAUGACCAUCGGCGCUCCCCCGCACCGCGCGCCGCACCCGCUAGGCCUAUCGAUUGCGGCGGCGCGAGGGCGGGCCGCAUCGCAUGUAAACAAAAAGAAUAUGGAUGUGUUACGCGGUGCUACGUCAGCGGCGCGUCACGGGCGCGACGUCACGGGCGGAAGUCCGCACUAGAUAUAUUUACAGUAGCCGUGCACGGGUUCAAUGUCGAGCUAUCUAUCGGCCAUCAAUCAGCAGUCAGCGCCGAUAGUCGCGGCCCGCGGGACACCCGCGCGUUUGCGCUCCGUCUCUCCUUCACACCCACCGGCCACACUUCGCCUCGGUACCGCUCGACGGCCCACACGAUGCAAAUAGCACCCGAUCACACUCUAACGUACACUGUA